GGUGGGCGGGCCGGAGAGGCGCUUCCCUUCCCACAGCGUGGCGCUGCGCAGUGGAGGUCGGGUGCCGCCGGGUUCUUCCUCUCCAGGAAGUGGCGGCGUUCCGAGUUGCAACGAUUCGGGGAGAGGGGGCGAGUUCGAGCCUGACAGUGUGCCGGCUCCGCCCUUUCUCCCUUUCAGGGUGGCGGCGGCGGCGGCGGCUUCUUCUUCUGCUCGAGAGGGAGGAGCCGGGGGAUCCUCGCCCAUCCCACGAAGAGGGCAUUCGCUCCAUGGGAUCUCUGUGCAGUACUUGAGACCUCAAGGCUCCAGGUUUGAGUUGGAAUCCCUGCGCUUCUUUUUCCUGGAAGGGCAUACGGUGCCCUUAACUGCCUGCCAGGCAGAAAUUCAGCAGUAUGCAGCUAUCCGAGCGUGAAGGAGGAGCACACACAGGGAAUGGGCUGGAUAGCCCGACAGCAUCUGAUACAAAGCCUGUUUCUCCUUCACCUACUAAACCCCCUCCCCUGGACCUCUUCAAUCUAGUUGUGUCAUACAAGAAGUUGGAGCUGUAUCUGGAACCACUGCAAGAUGUUGCUGAAGGGGUGUGGUUUCUCCUCAGCUGGCAAAUGCCUCUUUGCUCCCUUGUAACUUGCCUGGGGCUCAACUUCCUACUGCUGACCCUGAGUGAAGCUGCUUGGUAUGGACUGUUUAUCCUACUAAUCUUGGUACCCGCCAUGCUCGGUUACCUACAAGAAACAUGCCGUAUCCGCCUGACAGAAGAAGAGCUGGCACGCCGUAGGUACCACAGUGUACGGCGUGAGGAUGUGAGGAAAGUUCAGCUUUCUCGAAAUGAGGCUGUGGCAGAAGUGAAGGGCUUUCUGAUCCAAUUAGAGGCCCUCCUGAGCCAUCUGUGUGGUAGCUGUGAGGCCGCUUAUCGUGUCCUCUACUGGGAGAACCCUUCUCUCUCCUCACAGUUUUAUGGGGUGCUGAUGGGUUUUGUUUGUGCCCUCUACCUGCUGCCUUUGUGUUGGGUCUUCAUUCUUCUCAAUAAUGGCCUUUUCUUGGGCAAUGUGGCAUUUUACCGAGUGAUGCUGGAACUGAAGUCAGCAGUUGAGCAACGCUUGGGCCUCAAGCCAGUUGCUAGGACUCCAACUCCUGUAGAGGUGGAUACUGCAGAAAUGGGAGCUGGAGCCCUUUCAGAUCGGACGCCCACACCCACCAGCACUGAGGAUCUGACCCCCGGCAGCAUAGAGGAAGCGGAAGAGGCAGAGCCUGAUGAUGAAUUCAAGGAUGCUAUUGAGGAGACCCAACUGCUAGUAGUAAUGGAAGAUGAUGAUAUCUCUCAGUGCUCUGGAGAGUUUGAGCUGGGCCUUCCAGAAAACCCCUUAAUGAGUAAAAAUGAGGCAAUUCGCAGAAGGGUGUCACAGCUGAAAGAACGUCUGCGCAAGCGCUAUCCGAGCAACAACCUCGGUGCUGCAAUGGGAGGGAGCUGUGCAAGCUGUUCAACUACCUUCUCUGUGCUGAAGAAGAGGCGGAGCUGCAGUAACUGCGGGAACAUUUUUUGCUCCAGAUGCUGCUCCUUCAAAGUUCCCAAGAGCUGCAUGGGGGCUACAGCCCCUGACGCCCAGCGGGAGACCGUCUUCGUGUGCGGACACUGUAAUCAAGCUCUCAUCAAGUGAGAAGCCCAUUCGGAAUCCUGUCUUCUGCCGAAACUGCUGAGCAUCUGAUCUUGUUCUGGUUGACACUUGAGGAAGCAGAGCAAUAACGCCGUGCACUCCUUCUGCGCCUCCCUGGGCUUGUUGUCGGAGGAGGGGGCUGGCACACCGGAGCUGCCAAGUGCCCUGGGUGCCUCCUCCUCCUCCAACGUUUGUGAGCAACUAGGGAGAUGCCCUGUAAUCAUUAACUGCAUAGGAGGCCCUUUAUACUUAGACUGUUGUUGAUGUCCUCCCUUUGCCCCCAACCAAAUGCAGGAGGGAGAAGUCCUGUGCUUGACUGGAGUCUCACAUUCUCUCUGCUCAUCCUCACAGGAGGUCAGCCACCCUCUUUUUUGCAGAAUCGCUCUUGAUCUCUGGACUGGAAGAUAUCUGCCUGUGUUUUGCUGCUGGGUAAGAUGCUAGUUCAAUGUAUUGGCCUGAUGUGGAGGCUGGAUCUUCCUUCAGGUGGCAGCUGUAUCUGGCUCUGUCAAGAGCUGGCCCCAGCUGUGUCAAGAAGGCAAACUUUGGCCCUCCAGCCUGAGAACCUUGAUGAGUUAGAUCUGCUUUCUCUCUCAUUGUCAGGUGUGAGUAGCAAUCUCUCUCCCCUUUCCAUCUGCAUCUCCAGACCUCUUUGUUUGCUCUUUCUAGACUGUUGUUAGUCAAUGCUUCACAGUCGGUCCUCUUCCACCUCUGCAACGUUAGUGGGUGCAGAGGCUACUGUAGACAACCAAAUGUCUUCUUAAUCAGUCAGUCUAGUUGCAAGUGCAAGACAUUUGUCUCAAGAGGUGGUGGAUCCCUUCUGUAGGACUGGAGCUCUUUUGGACUGUUGUUGCCUUCUUAGCAGAGUAACAUAGCACCCUGAGAGAGCAGAGGCAGUGCUACCAGUGUCUGAACAAGAUUUUCAUUGUGGAGAGUAGGAAUGGAAUAAGAAGUCCUAGUUCAGAACAAAAGACUGCUGAGGAAGAGACUGAAGGUGGAAACGCCCCACCCACCCCGGCCAUGAGGUAGCACUUGAGAUGCAAGAUCUAGGGAGUGGUGUUGUUGUAGUAAUACAUGAUGAAGUAUGGGCUUUCACUGUGAGUCCCCAUAGACUUGACUCCAAGGAGGGUCCAAAAAUGGAAGCUGCUGUAUUGAUCCCUCUCUUAAGUAAGUGCGUGUGGGUCUGUGUGUGAAGAGAUUUUAUACAGAUAGAGUGAGGAUACAAGAACCUAGGGACGGUUUGUGUGUAUGACAAAUGAUGUUGUUGCCCUUGUUAAUAAAAAGUCCCAACAUUUUCAUCCCUGGCACCAGUAUGAUAUUGGGAUAAGCAAAUGCACAGAGGCAGUAGAGGCUCUGUUGUUGCAGAUAGGACGUGAAGGUCAACAAAACAAGCGAAUGGCAUGUGGAGAAAAACAUGGGCUGUACUGCUCUAAAGAAUGUAGAGUGCAAGAUGGGGAGCAAUAGAAGAGGUAGGAAUGAAUGUUGGUAUGGGGGACUGCCUUCUGUUCUGCUGGCAGCUUCCGAUGUAAUGUGUGACAAUCUGGCCACAUGCUGCAAGCUAGCCAUGGUGAUGGCGUAGUGGGAGCAGAAGUGGGGGAGGGCAUAGUGAUGCAUUUCUCACCUCAUCUGGGGUGAACAAUGGUUAAGGUGGAGGUGCGUGGGGAGGAAGAUCAAUCGAGAACAGAAAGUAUAUGGAUACAGAAUUAGACUGGAACUGAUUCGGAACAGACCAAAGACAGCAUAUGUUUACCCACUAUGUAAAUUAGCAGGGAAUUAACUUCCACAAGGUAUCAUGCUGCUGCUAGUUUCAACAGCUUUAAAAAUGGAUUAGACAUAUUAUGGAAGACGGUUGUGUGGCUAGACAGGUAAAGAGGAGUCCCCUUGUUCUGUGGGACGAAACAGGAUGGAUAAUCUUAUCACGUUCGUGGCUUCUUAGAGGCGUCUGGUUCUCAGCAUCGGGGAUGAAAUGUGGGACUAGACCAAGUCUAGCUUUUAAAAUGUGACUGUAUAUAAAUAAUGUUAAUCUUAUUAAAAGAAAACAUGGAAA